UUCCAUUCCAGCUAUGGACGGGGUCUCCAAGAGCGUGCUCGUCAUCGGGGCCACGGGUUACAUUGGCCGCUACAUCGCCCUAGCCAGCGCCGCGGCCGGAUUUUCGACAUCGGCGCUCCUGCGCGCCAAUUCGGGGGCCGCGCCAAAUCCAAGGAGGGACAAGGCCAUUGAAUCCUUGCACGCCGCAGGGAUCAGCAUCAAGAAUGGAUCCCUUGACGAUCGCGAGAGCUUGAUGCUCGCCCUGGAGGAUGUGGACAUCGUAAUAUCGGCCGUCGGGAUACCUCAAAUUCUAGAGCAGCUAAAUCUCGUCGAGGCCAUGAAGGAGAAGAAGACUGUCAAGAGAUUCGUUCCAUCGGAGUUUGGCCAGGACGUCGAUAAGGUGGUUUGUCUAAAGCCGGCCCAGGAGGUGCUGAGCGACCCAAAAAUUCGCGUUCGCCGUGCCAUAGAGGCCGCUGGAAUCCCAUUCACGUACGUUAUCACGAAUGCUUUUGCAAAGUUCCAUUUCAACAUGCGAGAGGAGAAUGGACGACUCUCUCCUCCCGAAAGGUUCGUCAUAUAUGGUGAUGGAAACAUUAAAGCUAGUUUUGUUACUGAGGAAGAUAUCGGAGCCUUCACUGUCAAGGCUGCUGCCGAUCCAAGAGCAUUAAACAAGACGCUACACAUGAGACCACCUGCGAAUGCCUUGUCGCAGAACGAGACUGUCGCGAUCCUGGAGAGAGAAACCAAGCGGCAACUGAGAAAGGAGGUGGUGUCGCAGGUUGAAAUGCUGGAAUCCAUACGAGAAUCCUCCGGAGGCUUCCAAGCCGUCAUACUGUCGCUCAUGUACUCCGCUUACAUCAGAGGCGAUACUUUUGGUUUCGAGCUGGGGCCGAAUGACGUGGUGGCGCAUGAACUAUACCCGGACGCCAGUUUUACCGAUGCACACGGUUAUCUCAGUAAGUUUGUCUGAGGGCUCGCCUCUAUAUUGCUUGCCUCCUUUCUCUUUUGUAAAGUGGUGAGUAAAUGUCUACGCAUAACACUUUUCUUUUA